AUGUGGGAUGAUAUAAGUGAUAUGUGUGAUGAUAUAAGUUAUGAUAUGUGUGAUGAUAUAAGUGAUGAUAUAAGUGAUAUGUGUGAUGAUAUAAGUGAUAUGUGUGAUGAUAUAAGUUAUGAUAUGUGGGAUGAUAUAAGUGAUGAUAUAUGUGAUAUGUGGGAUGAUAUAAGUGAGGAUAUAUGUGAUAUGUGGGAUGAUAUAAGUGAGGAUAUAUGUGAUAUGUGUGAUGAUAUAGGUGAUAGGUGUGAUGAUAUAACUGAUGAUAUAUGCAAUAUGUGUGAUGAUAUAAGUGAUGAUAUAUGUGAUAUGUGGGAUGAUAUAAGUGAUGAUAUGUGGGAUGAUAUAGGUGAGAGGUGUGAUGAUAUAACUGAUGAUAUAUGUGAUAUGUGGGAUGUUAUAAGUGAUGAUAUAUGUGAUAUGUGGGAUGAUAUAAGUGAUGAUAUAUGUGAUAUGUGGGAUGAUAUAAGUGAUGAUAUAUGUGAUAGGUGUGAUGAUAUAACUGAUGAUAUAUGUGAUAUGUGUGAUGAUAUAAGUGAGGAUAUAUGUGAUAUGUGUGAUGAUAUAGGUGAUAGGUGUGAUGAUAUAACUGAUGAUAUAUGCAAUAUGUGUGAUGAUAUAAGUGAUGAUAUAAGUGAUGAUAUGUGGGAUGAUAUAGGUGAUAGGUGUGAUGAUAUAACUGAUGAUAUAUGUGAUAUGUGUGAUGAUAUAAGUGAUAUGUGGGAUGAUAUAAGUGAUGAUAUAUGUGAUAUGUGGGAUGAUAUAAGUGAUGAUAUAUGUGAUAUGUGGGAUGAUAUAAGUGAUGAUAUAUGUGAUAUGUGUGAUGAUAUAACUGAUGAUAUAUGUGUGAUGAUAUAA